GAUGAAAGCGGAUAUAUAUUCGCUUGGUUUGCUCUUAUGGGAUAUGCUGCCUGGUGGCUUCUUGCAGCAAACGAAGUCUGCCGUCGACUCCGGUGAGAUUCCUACAGGCAAAACGUUUGAACAGAUGAAGGCGUCCGGAGAGUUGUCAGACUGGGCGGCGUACUACUUUUUACAUGGAUACUGGGACGGAGUGUAUGAACAGUCAGGUGGAAGGGCCGACGACGAUUCGAGCGCGGAUACGGCCCCAACCAUUGCCAUGAGAAUCGGCUAUACUGUCAUGAAAGCCUUGGAACCUCCUUCGACACGAACAGCAACUGUCCAGGAUCUCUUGGUGGAGCUAAGAGAGAUCCUACACUAUGUUGUAAAGCACGAGCUAUAUGACUCGUUGCCUCCUUUCGACAUUGAUCAAAUGACCUCAGCUUUCAACCCCCAGGAGGCUGAUGCGCUGUUCAAUCCUCCAUUCACUUCAAACCCGUCUUCAGGCCCUCUUGAUGAGGAAUCACGGAGGUCGGGGUAUGAAGGGAUGCUUAGUAGUUUCCGGCAACUAGGACUAGAGCGCAGUGGCAGGACAGAAGAGCUAAACAUGGACAGAUUUUGGACGGUACACUAUCCCUCAGAUUCUCCACCAAGUAUAUCCUUUUCCGGUUGGAGGGGAGUUCUCGAUACGCAACGAAUCUUUGGGCAAUUGAGAUUACUUCCCAUUCCUGUGAUAACCCAGCUCCUUGAGCAACUCAAAAAAGCAGCAAGCAAUGCGACUUUGGCUGCCAGCCGUCGAGCACUAUCGGCUUACGAGUAUGGUAUCUUGUCACUAUCAUUACUCCAAAUCAGUAUCCAAGAGCAACCCGAAGUCGACCAGGCUCUGAGCAUGGUUGCCAAGGCGGCGGAGCUGGGCCACACUGGGGCUCGAGGUAUUAUUGGGUGGCUUCAUGAUGCUCUCGGCAGGACAAUGACCGCCUUUGAUCCAGAACUAGUACACUUGCGCUAUCCUAAUGUCAUCGGAAACAGUUCAACUGCCCAUAGGAGACUGCGCCAGCUAGGCAAGUUGCAGCUGGUGGACCAACGCGGCCUUGGAUACCCAGGAAUCAGGCACAGGGCAGCGAGUGGCUCGCAGCUACCCAUGGAGACAUACAUUCCGAACAGAACUACCCCCAGCCAGCACGUCCAGCGUCUCCUGUGGGGGGCCUCCUGUCAUGAGGAAUAUAGGAUUCUUAAGCUUCUCACGACGCACCGUUUGCCGGAAAUAAACAGCACAAACUACGAGGGGAAUUCGGCACUUUUGAUGGCUAGCCGCCACGGUCACCUACAGUCCGUGUUGCAUCUGCUCGCCCAAGGGGCGGAUCCAACCUUGGCAAAUAGUCAGGGCAUAACGGCCUUGCACUACCUAAGUGCCUUCCGAGACGAAGACAUCCAAACCGUUGCACAGGCUCUCCUCGACAACAAUUCUUCGAUGGAUGCUCGAGCGGCCAGCAGACACACACUGUUCCUUGAUCCGAUUUACCCAACGCCCGAAGGCACACCUUUGGCGUGGGCAGUAGCAGCAAACAACAUUGCGGCCGUCACGGCACUGGUAAAUCUUGGAGCCGAUCCAUUUGAUGAAGCUGGCCAAACAGCUCAAACCAGUGACAGGUGGACAGAGUUUAACCGCCUCUCCCCUGUUUUCAUCGCUGUUGUAAGACACCAGCACGAAAUCCUUGGGGCGCUUUUCCCAGUCAGCCGGCGGGAAGCAAUCCCGGAUCUCGGGAACAGAUUGAACAACAUCCGCAUCAAUGUUGGCUCCCAAGGUGUCAUUGACACAAGCCUCUUCGCUAUCUGUGCGAGGUACGACAUCGAAGGGCUCCUUCCUCGCCUGCUUCUCCACGGACGGAGCCACAAAGGAGCAUUCAAGAAGACAUUCGAGCUCCUCAUCAACCUGGGCGCAAACCCCACCGAGACCGCCCACAGAGGAGCAGGUAUCAUCGGCAUCGCUGUCCACUUUGGCCAGCCCUUUGUAGUGGAAUACCUGAUGGAGUGGGACGGCGGCAGACUCCGAGAGCGGUCUCGAGUAUGGUACGAGAUGAUGAUCAGAGCCGCACAAGACUCGGACCGGGUAAUUUUUGGCACCUUGAUGAAAUACGAGGUCAUGGAUCAGAUUGAGAUCAGUGAAUGGCGACGGUUCUUCGUCACAAUGGCCAGGGAAACAAACGAUGUCCAUUUUUUGGAUCCGUUUGCCCACAAGGCUCGCGAGGCCGGAGACCUGGGACCCCAUUUAUCCAUUGCGAUCGAUGCUGGGAACUUUGAGACUGCGAGAUGGAUCAACACGGUGUCGUCAACUUGCGAUAUUGUCCAACCAGUUGGUGACGAUGCACUCUCUCUUCUAGGUCGCAUAAUUCUGAAGUCCCAGACCUUUGACAGCGUGAGAUCCGCCAUACACGCUUUCCUCGACCUUCAAUAUGACCCAGAUCAUGUGUUUUACAAUGUUAUGACGAUGGGAGAGUCUCAGCUGACGGCCUUGCACGUUGCGGCGUUGUAUCUGGAGUAUAGCCCUGGGAGUACGAUGGCUGUAGGCAUUUUCGAAACUAUCCUGGACAAGUUCAAUGAGCCUCGCCAUCUCAACUUUCAGCUUACAUCAGGCACCUACCGUGGAUACUCACCCCUUCACUUUGCCCUUAAGUUCGGCAAUGCUGAAGCAGUUGAGUGUAUGUUGCAAGAAGUUCCGGAGGAUGAAGGGGAGGACGGUCUGGAUAUCAAUCUCGUCAACGGCGAAGGCGAGACAGCGAUGGACAUGAUUUGUCGCCAAUUCGGUUCCCAGAAUAAAUGGUUUGACAUGUGGGAAGUCCCAGAGGAACAACGACAGCGGCUGGGCAUCCGUCACUGGGACCAUACCCUGGAUGUGUUUGGGGCUCUACGAAAGAAGGGGGCUCGUAAUCGCAAGUACAUUCAGGUUGUCCUUCGGCCACAAGAAGAUGUGUUUCUGGUGUUCGACUUCCGACCGAACCAGCCGCUCUUGCAGGUACCAUUUAACCCAGAAUCCAUCUCGCAGGAUCUCAGGGAGCGCCAUCCGUAUUUCACAGCUAUAUGUGCACUUGGCGUCCGAGAUUGUUUCCUAGUAGGGGAUCCUCGUUACGUCUCAACUGCACAAGGCAGGGCGGUCCCAUUACCCCCAAUGCUCGCGACUGAUGGGCCCGAGCUGGAUAAUGAAGAGGUUAAUGCGCGGUUUCUAGACCUUCUUCGUGCUCUCGGUAUUCGCGACUGAAGUAGGCGGGAUUAACUUGGGUCAUAUGAUUAUACAUUUAAGUAGUGUGUAUAUAGAGCGCAGGGUGGAUAAGGCAGCUUUUAUCCAAAGACUACAGUCAGCUUCUGGGUUUGGGAGUG